UCUCCCUCUCGUGUCAAAGCGAGAAAAAAAAAGCCAAGAACCUUGAGGUGGGGGUAGGGUGUACCGUGUGGUAGGAGUAAGCAGCAAUGCCGUACACGGGUCCGCGGUCGUCGCCGCAGCAGCACAGCCGGAUCGGCGGGGGAAAGGCGGCGCACGGGGCGUGGUGCGCGGCGGUGCCGGGGGAGGUGGCGCGGUACCACGAGCACACGGCGCGGGCGGGGCAGUGCUGCUCGGCCGUGACGCAGGAGAUCGCGGCGCCUGUGGAGGCCGUGUGGUCGGUGGUGCGGCGGUUCGACCGCCCACAGGCGUACAAGCACUUCAUCCGAAGCUGCCGCCUCGUGGACGGCGGUAGCGGCGGCGCCGUCGCCGUGGGGUCGGUGCGCGAGGUGCGGGUUGUGUCGGGCCUCCCCGCCACAAGCAGCCGCGAGCGGCUCGAGAUCCUCGACGACGAGCGCCGCGUGCUCAGCUUCCGCGUCGUGGGCGGGGAGCACCGCCUCGCCAACUACCGGUCGGUCACCACCGUGCACGAGGCCGCCGGGCACUGCCCCGGCGGCACCGUCGUUGUGGAGUCGUACGUGGUGGACGUGCCCCCCGGGAACACCGCGGACGAGACGCGCGUGUUCGUGGACACCAUCGUGCGCUGCAACCUCCAGUCGCUGGCGCGCACCGCCGAGCAGCUCGCCCUCGCCUAGUGCCCGUGUCCCGCCCGCCGGCCGGGCCUUUUUACGGGACGCUGUUUCCUUGGCCUCUUCCUGUUCUUUUGCCCUUUUGAGGUCGAUCGAUCGAUCAGUUCUUGUCUGCUCUAGAAUCUAGCUUGUGUUUUCCUCUUCUUUUUGCGACACAAAGUACAAACCACUGUGUAGGUGUUGCCUGGUAUUAACUCUUCUCAUACAUGUACAUUUUUUUAGCUGUCUACUCUUGGCAUAGCUAAAUUACUACUUGAGCAAAGUUGUUACUACUUGCUAGUAACAUACUAGUUGAGUGUUCUUGCAACUGCAAUGCCAAAAUCUCGCGGGCAAACUUGUUCAAGUCCGAGGGCAGAUCGAGUUGGUGGCUAAUUUAUGAUAUCAAUUAGGAACGGUUUGCGCAAAACGAAUGCACAUGGAGCUGUGGUCCGUGUAGGACUUCAUGGGCAGUGAAUCGAGUGAUCAGGCAUUAUAGUCUCUGUUCUAGGUUGGGAGAGUAAAUCUACCUGAUAGCUAACCAUGAACUGGCUGCUAAUAAGAGUUUCUGAUCAUUGUGGUUCUGUAUGUUUGCUUGAGAGAGAGCACAUAGUCUGCAGGGUUAGCUCUUGCCCGGCUUUCCGGUUGUUCAAUCUCUGUAUAAUGUCAAAUGUAAACCAGGUCCGGAGAACGUGGUGUACGUAUCGCGUCGUAAUGGUCUUUUCAUCUAUUUUUUUCUUCUUAAUACAAAGAUAUGUAUUCUAGCAAAAAAAUGUUUGCUUCCAUGC